AAUUAUAUCAGCUUUGUCGGAUAGGUCUAUUUAAAAUCGCAUUUAUUCUGGAACGACUCGGAUUGUGAGAAGACUGAUGCCUUCGUUUUGAUAUUAGUGACAUAUAAAAUAACAAUUUGCAAGUGGACAUUGAGUGGACUUAGGUUUCUAAGACGUGCAUCUAUAUAUCUGGACAUUUGUUAACAAACAUACGGACAUCAUUAUGAUGCACCAUCUACCGUUGGGGCUCUACUACAGUCCCGAGCAGAUCAAGUCUUUCUAUAAUGCGGAGCAGCUGAAGAUCCUGUACGGAAGCGAGCACCUCAAGUCUAUGUACGGCCACGAGCAGCUCAAAGCGCUCUACAACCACGAGCAGCUGAAGACACUCUGCACGGCAGAAGCGCAACUAAAGAGCCUAGCCAGCCAGGAGCAACUUAAGUCGCUCCAAAACAGCCCAGAUGCCAUGAAGCCGGUGCCCUCCUCGCCGCUCAUGGCCGGAAGUCCUCCAGUGUCCAGCGCGUCGUCGUCCAUGUUCUCUAUUGACAACAUUCUAUCCGGGAGUCGCCCGCUGCUCACCCACCGGCCCACCCCCACCUACCCGUACCCGUACCCGUCACUACCCCACUUCGCGCCGGAAAUGUUCGCGGCUGCAGCUGCUUACCACCCACUACAGAGCUUCCUGUCGCCGAUGGAGCUGAUGCGGGCGGGCCAGAAGCGGAAGCGUCGUCACCGGACGAUCUUCACAGAGGAACAGCUCGAGGAGUUGGAGAACACAUUCAACAAGACGCACUACCCGGACGUCUUGCUCAGGGAGGAGCUUGCUAUGAAGGUCGAACUUAAGGAGGAGCGAGUCGAGGUAUGGUUCAAGAACAGACGUGCUAAGUGGCGCAAAACCAAGCGAGAGGAGGAGGCUUCGCGCCGAUCCGAGGAGCAAAAGCGGAAGUCGGUCUCCCAGACGACAGCGAGCCACUCAUCGUCUGCCGCGCAGGAAUCCGAGCGAGUGAAUAUUGACGUCUGCGACGAGCGUGAAUGUGUAUCAGACAAUGAGACCGGCGGUGUGUCGGAACGUUCGUAUUCAUCCAAAGACAUGAGGAACGAUAGCUAUUGUGACAGUGACAUAUCAUGCCCAUCUAGUCCCGCAGACGCCGACUGCCAUACGUCAGAACACGGCGUGGAUCUCUCACAUAACACGUCACGCGAGGGCUCCUCGUGAUCAACAUUUCCAAGACUCACAAGGGCCUCUAUAUAGUAAAUGUAGCAUAAAAAGUUAUCAGGUCGACGCUUUGGACAAAUAAGUCGUCAGCGGGCAUAUAACUAGCACAAGGCUGCAAGGUGGUGCAUCGCGCGGCAGGCAACAGACCGAGGAGUGCCUGAACGAGAGCGUCCGGGGCUUCGAGCUUUAAAUCUAACAUUGUUGAAAACAAGUUACAUGUGUAAUAAAUGUGAUAUGUAUAUAGUAUAUUUAUGUUCGUGGGCAACAUGCUAAUGCUAUUUAAGGAAAGUGUCUAAACACGUGUAUAAAUGAUGAUUAGGUGUUAAAUUUUAAAUCAUUGUUGCGUACGAGUUUGAAUUUAAUUUUGUUUAAUUCUGUACAUUUCAUGUUGACGAAGUACCAAAUGAUAUGAAUAAAUUUAUAUAAACAUGAAA